UUUCAUAUUACUGGACCAUUAUUCUUCGCUAUUCCUAUUUCAAGAUAAAUUCAUACGACCAUGAUUUUUGCCUACGAUAAUGAGAGAAAUAUCAUCGAUGACGUCAUCUUUAUAAAUAAUAGGCGCAGUAAGCAAUCGCACAUGUAGAGUUGGGAUGAGGAAGUUUCAGUUUUCAAUACCCACAUCAUUUACGCAAUAGCCGAGUUAUUGAAUUAGUAGUUGGACACUCUGUCACUUGCCAUUUGUUUUCGAAAGCUUGAUUCAACAGAAAGUCUAAGUCGUCGACAUUACGGCAAUAAUGAAAGGAUUGAUCAUUGUUUUCCUAACCGUCGUAACUUACGACUUUACCUUUGCUUUUACCAAUGUGUAUCCGAAAUUAAAAUCGUAUCCUGUACGCGAUAACGAGGAUGUUGGAGAUCCGCUGUUUUUGACACCUUUUAUUGAAAGCGGACAGAUCGACAUGGCACGAAAGAAGGCUGCGGUACAGCACAAAGAAAUGAAUGAUAUAAGCAGUUACGCAGGCUAUUUAACAGUUAAUAAGACAUAUAAUUCUAAUAUAUACUUUUGGUUCUUCCCAGCUCAGAUAAAUCCAAAAAGUGCUCCGGUAGUGCUGUGGCUACAAGGUGGUCCAGGGGCAACAUCUUUAUUUGGACUUUUUACCGAAAAUGGGCCUUUCAGUGUCACAAGGAACAAAACUCUAAAAACAAGAAAAUAUUCGUGGAACAUUAAUCAUAAUCUUUUGUAUAUUGAUAAUCCAGUUGGCACUGGAUAUAGUUUUACAGAAAAUGACUUUGGAUAUGCUGUAAAUGAAAUUGAUAUCGGGCGUGAUAUACAUACAGCACUGGCUCAAUUCUUCAUUCUUUUUCCUGAGCUUCAGCAAAAUGAAUUUUAUGUAACUGGAGAGUCCUAUGCUGGAAAGUACGUUCCAGCUGUAUCGUUUGCAAUAAAGGAAAAUAAUGUUAAGGCCAAAAUUAAAAUAAACUUAAAAGGUCUUGCCAUUGGAAAUGGAUUGACGGAUCCCUUUAAUCAGUUGUACUAUAGCGAUUAUUUAUAUCAAAUUGGACUUCUUGAUUUCAAUGGCAGAAACCAGUUUCAGGCAUUAGAAAGUCAAGCGAGAAAUUACAUUAAGGAACAAAAAUAUAUGGAUGCUUUUAAGAUCUUUCAAAAACUGAUAAAUGAUGAUAUGACCAGUACACCGUCGUUAUUUAAAAACUUGACUGGUUUCGAUUUUUAUUUUAAUUACCUGCACAAUCAAGAAUCGAAUAGUACCAGUUGGUUUGCUGAAUGGGUACAAAGAGCGGAUGUUCGUAAAGCCAUACACGUGGGAAAUUAUUCAUUCAGUACCGAAGCAGAAAAAGUCGAAGAACAUCUCAGAGAAGACAUCACGAAAUCUGCGACAUUUUUCAUAUCUGAUCUGUUACAACACUACAAAGUUUUAAUUUACAAUGGUCAAUUGGAUAUUAUUGUUGCGUAUCCUCUUACUGAAAAUUAUUUACAAAAUUUGGAUUGGCCAGAUUUGAACAACUAUAAAAAAGCAGUGAGAAAGCAGUGGUGGGUAGGAAAAGAACUAGCUGGAUAUUCAAAAUCUAUAGGUAAUUUAACGGAAGUACUUGUCAGAAAUGCUGGUCACAUGGUACCCGGAGAUCAACCUAUGUGGGCUUGGGACAUGAUUACUCGAUUCACUCAUCACAAAUCGUUUUAAUUCUUUCUAAUACAAAUUAUAUUAUCAUAAUUACUUAUGUUACAAAGUUUUAUAAGACUGUAAAAAAUACUUUCCAGGUGAUAUAAAUAACUUGUGAUGUAGAA